CGUGUUCCGGGAUCAAGUUCCGUUUGAGUACGCCCCUGUUCAACGUAUUAGCCGUAAUGCUAAACGCAGACACCUCGAGGCAUGAUGUUAGCGCCCUCUAGAAACGGCUACGCGCUAUAGUGUCAUAAUGCGCGUCCUUUGAAGCCACUUUUCGAGUUGCGUAAUCACAUUUAAUAACGACAGCCUGGCGAUUACCGCUGCCUCUCGGCUCGCCGGCCACGAUUUUACCUGAUUUUACCAUACGAAGCCUUAAGGGAUGCCGAUGAGGUGUAUUUUCACGACUUCGAACGUCGAAUUAUUACAAAUUCCUGCGAGAAAGCACAUUGCAAAACGUGCUCAGAUCAAUGAUAAUAAUUCAAGGACGGGAUGACCACUGAACGUAUUCGCAGUGGCGAUUAAAUGGAGAUACAAUUACGAGUUUUCCAUCCUGUUCUUACGCCAUGGAAUGACCGAUGAAAUUUUGGUGAAACUUUCUUUUGAGGGUAUAAAUGUAGAAAUAGUGCCAUCAAUGUACGAUGAAAAUUUAGAUAGUUCAAUAUAUAAAAAUUAUGGAGAAUAUGUACAAGAUUUAGCAAAAUAUAAGGUACAAGAUGUAUAUAAUAGAUUACAAGAAGAUGUUAUACCACCUUCUUUAAUAAUUGGCGCUGAUACUAUAGUUACAAUGGGUAAUAUUAUUUAUGGAAAACCAAAGAACAAAUAUCAUGCUUUUGAAAUGUUAUCAAGUUUAGCAAAUAAAGAACACGUAGUUUAUACUGGAGUAUGUUUAAAAACACCAAAGAAAGAAGUAAAUUUUUAUGAAUCUACAAAAGUAAAAUUUGGUGAUAUAUCAGAAGAACAAAUAUGGACAUAUACAAAAUCAGGAGAACCUCUAGAUAAAGCUGGAGGAUACGGUGUACAAGGACUUGGUGGUUGUUUAAUUGAAAAAAUAGAUGGUGAUUUUUAUACAGUAAUGGGCAUGCCAUUAUAUUCAUUGACAAAACAGUUGAAUGAAAUGUUCAAUAAUAAUUAGCGAAUAAUUAAUAAGCAAAAUAUUGUUAAUAAAUUAAAACUUAACUUAUAAUAAAACUUAU